GGUCUGGCGCCCGGGGCGGGGCGGGCUCAGUCGCGCGCAGGCGGUCGCACGGUGCCGGUGUCGCGGUCCCGGUCCCGGUGGCGGCGGCGGGGCUGGAGCAUGGCGCUGUCCGUGCCGGUCAACGGGGUCAAGGAGGGCGACAGGGAGCCCGUCAUCGAGCUCUUCGUCAAGGCUGGCAGCGAUGGAGAGAGCAUAGGAAACUGCCCCUUUUCCCAGAGGCUGUUCAUGAUCCUUUGGCUGAAGGGAGUGGUGUUCAGCGUCACGACAGUUGACCUGAAGAGGAAACCAGCAGACCUUCAAAACCUGGCUCCAGGCACUCAUCCGCCCUUCAUCACUUACAAUGGUGAAGUGAAAACGGAUGUGAAUAAGAUUGAGGAGUUCCUGGAAGAUGUUUUGGCUCCACCCAAGUACCUAAAACUUUCACCAAAGCAUCCAGAAUCCAACACUGCUGGAAUGGAUAUAUUUGCCAAAUUUUCUGCCUUUAUAAAAAAUUCCAGACCAGAAGCUAACGAAGCCUUAGAACGUGGCCUCCUGAAAACCCUCCAGAAACUGGACGAGUAUCUGAACUCUCCUCUUCCCGAUGAGAUAGAUGAAAAUAGCAUGGAGGAUAUAACAGUUUCUACCCGCAAGUUCUUGGAUGGCAAUGAGAUGACGCUAGCAGACUGCAACCUGCUACCCAAACUGCACAUUGUCAAGGUGGUGGCCAAAAAAUACCGCAACUUUGAGAUUCCCAAGGAAAUGACAGGGAUUUGGAGAUACCUGACGAAUGCUUACAGCAGGGAUGAAUUCACCAAUACCUGCCCUGGAGACAAAGAAAUUGAAAUAGCUUACAGUGAUGUAGCCAAGAGACUCACCAAGUAAACAGCACUUGCAAAAGAGAUGACUUCUUGCAUAUUCCAUAACAAGGCUUCUAACAGACUGCUCUUUUCGUAUAAGAUAGCAAUUUUUUUUGCAUGAACUUGCAGUUAUUCAAAGUUAUGGUGGAUAGACCAGGUACAGUAAUUACCUAAAGUUUGCAGACUUAAUUAUAGGCUUGUUUUUCCUUACCUCCUUUCACAGCACGUAUGAAUAUCAUUAAUGCAGUUAUGUUAAUAUUGCACCGGGGUGACUCUAGGUUCUUCACUAUGAAGGGUUCUCUUGCCCCUACUGCUUUCCUUUGCAGACAUUUGGUCCCUGUCUACGAAUUGGUUUAGGAAUCUGUCUGGCUAUAUGGUACAAGGAGUAUUUAUGUAUUUUGGAAUUUAUUGCUUUUCCAGAAGAUCUACACACAAUUGUCAUAUCUGACACAUUGAACUGUACCUGCUUGUCUGUCUGUUUUCCAUAGAGGAGGGAACUUGCUGCCCAAAAGAGCCACUUGCAGAAUGUUUGGCAACGCUUUUUAACAAAGAAAAAAGUACUCUUGGAUUUGAAAUCUCAGCAGUGGUUGAGGAUAAGCUCAAGUGAGCAACUCAGAUUUGAACGUCUUCAAGCACGAGGGAAGUUUGAACCUAGGCUGAGUGCUGUCGCAGGAAGCUCGCGGUUCAGAGUUAUUUAGUUGUGUCUUCAAGAGCUUGAUGACAUUAAAAAACCAAACCAAAAACUUCAUUUGUUUUAAAAUUGGCAGCUUACGCUUGUCCGGAAGAAUGCGUUCCCCUUAAAACUGCAAGUGGCUUUCUUUUUGGUAGUUAAGGGCCUUCAUUUUGUAUAGGUCUUUCUGGUGAUAUUUACUGACAAAAUCUGUGCUGUGUAACCCAAGUACCUGUAAAAGUUAGUGUUAGUUGGAAAUAGCUGCUGUCUGUGGUGAAUAGCAGUGCAAUGAUUAGUGAUGGAGGCUGAACCCUGACAGCCACUAAAGUGGGGUCUUUGGGCAGCUUUGGAAAGCUGUUUCUUUCCUGAAGAAAGCUAAAGUGACCUUUAAAGAUAACAUUUGCCUUAAAUUCUAGUAUGCAUUUUUUUCCUGAAAGCAACUCCAUGAAUUACUCUUGUAAAGCAAUGGUGCGUGGAGUCCCGUCCUCUCCAUGGAAUCUCUCCUGAUUGCUGGUCUGUGCACCUGGACUGCAAUUCUGCGUGGUCAUAAUCAUUGCACUACUAUAACAGAAGCUUUUUACAGCGACACUGAGGAAUAGCACUACAAGUUUUUUAAACACAAUUUUCAAAUCUUUCUAAAGCAGGGAGGAGUUUUCUUGUUUAGAAUUGAUGAUUUUGAUGCAUGGAUUAAACUGCUAGGUUAUUUUUAAAAGACCAUCAUAAACAGCUCCAAAGAACACUAGACUUAUAUGCCUAUUUUUUUGUAAAGAUACUUUUGUAUUUAACUGAUUUUAGAAGCUGGAAAGUGCUAUUCCUGGUAGGUUGUCAUUGGAAUAUUUAACAUUCUGCAAUAACAUGGAAAUGCUCACAUAAACACUUUUAUACACUAAUUUUUUUGGUAAGCACUGGCUUGAUGAAAACCAGCCUGACUUUUCUAAGCGUCCCGCUUUUGCUACUUUAUAUACCCAUGAAGUUAGUUUGUCGUAGAAGAGGUAGAGUACAAGAUCCAUAUUUGUAUACAUGGCUUGUGGUGCCUUGUCUCACCUUCCUAGAGCUAGAGUUCCUAUAUAAAGGCAGUUAGCAGUUCUGUUACGUGUCUUUUGAAGAUGACCGUAGAUACACUUAGACCCUAUUAGGAUUUAUUACAGGGGUGUUUAGGCACAGGAAGACAAUUCUGCAGUGACCACCGUAGCCUUUUAAUGAUUACUGUGUUCUAACGUCACGUUCUCCUCCUGAAUAAACAUUCUCGGCCAUAAUAAGCCUCUGUAGGGGUUCAGUCUUUGCUACAACGUGACAUCUAGAAAAGGGAAUUACUUCCUUAUUUGCUAAAUAACGUUUUUAAUGACACAUUGGGGUAAAAAAACACCCAACCCUGCUCAGCCCCCAUUGGUUUGGUGCUCUUUGCCAUCAUCUAGUUAACCUUUAAAACCAAGAACAUAGGAAGCAAUGUGAUUGUGGCAUAUCCUUGUGAAGUUUUAAACUCUAAAUCCUACAUCAGGAUGGCCCUUGGAAGCUGUAGGGAUUGGGCCUUCCUCCUUUUAAAAGCAAAGUAGCCCUUGUGUGCACACUGCAGACCCCAGGCGUUUUGUGUGUGAGCAUGAGAUGCUUCCAUGCCUGUUGUGAUGCUCACACUGCCUGUGUGUCAAUGCAGACACUUCCCUUGUUAAAUACCAGGCUUGUUGUCUCUUAUAGAUAAUAUAUUCUCUCUACUUUUAUAGGCAAUCUUCAAGCAAUUGUAAUACGUUCUGUUCGGCAUUAAGUACUUUAAUGAUUGUGUCUGAAAGCUUGUAAACAAAGUUAAAGCUCUCGCUGUAACUAAUGUAUUUCUUAUCUCAGUACAAUGGAGUACUGAGGGCCUUUCCCUUGUAGGUGGAAUUCAGAUGAGGACCAGGUUCGUGAUUGAGGCAGUUACCACAUGAGAGCUCUUAACUGUCCUGCGUGAAAGGAGUGGGUCCUUGUAGCUUCCUCCUGCAGUCGUGUGUGUUGUGGCAGGGGCUGCCCAGCCUCUUGCUGGCUUCAGCAGGGGCCAGGGCUCCCCCGAGAGCAGCUCCCACCUCUGUAGGUGAUCCCUGAAGGAGCAGAGUGUAGCUGGGGUGGUGUGGCACAGGCUCAGCGUCUGGUGUGGGCAGAGCACUUUCAUCUGGCCCCAAUCACCAGCGCUAUGUUAAUUAAAAAAGCCCUUUCAUAACUAUGUAAAUUCUUGACUUCUGUCAACUUGUUUACAAUCUGAUCUUUAAAUGCAUUUUUAAUUUCAUCAAACAGCAAUUAAUCUACCCCCUGUUUAAAUUUAAAAUGAUGCUUCUAGCCCCUUCUGCAAUUUAAAAACAGCAGUUACCCUUUCAAGUAGGCAUUCCAGUUUGCAAGUUGGCUGCAUGUAUUAGCAUGCUGAAUAACUUACUUUAUUCUCAAGCUGAAAUAUGCUGAAAUUCCCAUUAAAACAGGUGACUUGUGUAUUUCCUGAACAUAAAGGGAAAAUCCAUCAUCGUCACCCUGGUUUUGCGUGGGAGAACAGAUCAUAGUAUAUGCAUGGGGUUGUUUUAAUUCUUAACAAAGCAUCCCUUCUUGACGAGGUUGCUUCUGUGUAGGAGCUGCCUGUGAACUCCUGAAGCCAUUUCAUGGACUCCAGAGCUCUUCUGUGCUUCUGCUGUUGGCUGCUGUCUGUAAGUGUCCCUCGGACAGUCACAGCCUCGCUCCUACCUUUGCAUUUUCCCAUCAAAUUGGUGUUUUUUCCGCAAGGGGCAUGUCCCGACCCAUUGGGAGUUGCUGCAGCUCCAUGAUAAGAAGCGAGAUGUAAUCAAGUUCUUAUGCUAAAGUAGCAAAUUAGCAUUUCGUAUCAAAGGAGCACAGGCAUGAAUAAAUUGAAGAUGCUUGAGCCAAACCCACUGAUGCCUAUCUCAGCGUAGAACAAAAAGUGGCUAAGUACAGUCAACUUCUCUUUACUCUUUGCCACUCAGAGCACUAUCUGAACACAUCAAUUAAUAUUUUCAGAAGAAGGCUUUAUCCCAAGUGAAAACUAUUUCAUCUGCCUCAGAAGCUGUGCCACCAGCUAUUACAUUUUGUUUCUGGAGGGGAUGGGGGCUGGGAGAGCAGGGGAGCAGAACAGGCUAUCGAGGCUCCUGAGACAGGACAGCGGCGUUGGAGCGUUGUUUGCAGAAAUACUUGAAGAGUUGAUACACUUUGUUGUAGUUUGCUUUUGUCUUUCACUCUCUGGAACAUCUUUUACAGAUAUACCAGUAUCCUGCUGGCAGCUAUUGUUAAAUAAAAUUAUAUUUUCACUACCAA